GCUCUCUGACAUUUUUUGACAAACAUGACGAACGAUGCGGCCAUUUCAGCAGCUAAUGGAACUGGACGGAUUUGUGAAGUGAUAAUUUCUAAUGCCAUCGGCUCAGGAGGAAUCUCACUGGAAGACACACGACUCAUGAGAAAUUCCAAGGAUGAUGUGGGUUCCCUACCAAAUUUCUCUAAUGAACAGCAGCCAGGUUUGCUUAAAUUAAUUGAAAAUAUUAGGGCCACAUCAUCCGAUGGAAAAUUGUCCGGUAAACGGUGUGAGGUAGAUUGGCUUCUUAAUUCAGGAGCUUCAUAUCAUAUGACAGGUUGUGCUCAACUUAUGACCUCUAACAAAAAAUUAACUCCAAUACUAGUGAGCAUGCCGAACGGCGAAACCACACAUGCGACAAGUGUAGGAGACAUACAUUUAAGCCCUGAGAUUGUAAUUAAAAAUGUUCUCCAUGUACCAGGACUUAAGUGUAAUCUUAUUUCUAUAGCUCGGCUGAUCGAUGACUUGAAAUGUGAUAUAUAUUUUACUACUGAAAUUUGUGUGAUACAGGGCCGACCUUCGAGGACGCCGAUAGGAGCGGGUAUACGGCAAGGGGGGUGUACUAUUUCCACAGCUUUGAAUUGGCCCAGUCUCAUUCGGCGACUACGGAAGAACAAGGGAUGAUGACUGCAAGUGGGUUGUGCACGAUAUCAUGAUAGAGGCGACAAAUUGCUUUGAAAUCAGAAGGUUUGAUCAUGUACAUUCUUGCUCCUUUGACUGCCGAAUUAGAGGGAAUUAGACAAGCAACUGGCACCAUUAUUGGGAAACAAAUCAAACAUCAAUAUCUUGAUGCAUCUAGAAAACCUUAUCCACCAAAUGCAAUAAUGACAUAUUUGAAUCGAGAGUUGAGUUUGAAAAUGAAUUAGAAAAAGGCAUGCGGGGGGGAGGAAAGCGCAUUGACUGCACUUACACGAACAGACACAGGAUCAUAUCGGAAACUACGGGGAGUGUAUUGCAUUAAGAUUUAGUGGCAAAAUUAUAAAAGUUCAUGAAUUUUAAAAGUUUAGUUGCAUUCGAUGUAGACUUUUAAAAGUCCUAAAAAGUCUAAUAAAGGUAUUCAAUGUAGACAUUUAAAAGUCUAUAAAAGUAUAUGCGUAUUCAAACUUGCGUUCAUUCUUAUUGAUUUCUAAAAUCAUGGAUUCUCGC